AUGAUUCUCUCCCUGAGGAACUGUGCUCAGUACGAUGUGCCGAAUACGAAGUCCCUCAUAGACAUGGGCGAUUUUAAUGCGCAUUUCGGAACAGACACUGAAAAGUGGAAAGUCGCGUUUGGAAAGAACCGCCCUAGCGACCUCAACAAAAAAGACAUGAAGCUGUUGCGGUUCUGUGCAAACAACGGACUGUCCAUUACGAACACUCGAGCAUCGAAAAGUGCAUCAGUACACCUGGUACCGGGAAGCUUGUGCACAGAAGUCGAUGAUCGAUUUUAUAAUCGUAUGGUCUGA